AUGUGCGAUCCAACAUCUUCCACUGCUACAUUUGAGAGGAAGUUGACGAAUGAGGCUUCGCUGUGUCGUAGUGAGGAAAGAGAAUCACGUCACAUUGGUGCAGUCAGCAGUGCGAAUGGAGAAGUGAUUGGAACAUUAACAAAUAUUGGGGAAAAACUAGCUGCAUUGGAGCAAGAAAUGCAAUUACGAAAAAACGAUAUAUCACGUAUUUUGCAUAAAGUGGAGCAUAUUGAGGAAUUGACUUUAGAGAUCCUUCGUCGAAUUCCACUUACACAAGCAACAGGUAAUUUUAUGUAA